AUGCUGGAUGGCCAAUCCCAGGUGGUCCUGGAGGCGUCCCGCCCGGGGGACCUCUUGCAUUCCCUUGGAUCAGCACUCGACUCCCGGCGACAGCCUUUCUGUACCGAUAGCGAGGGCUGGGGCCCUCUCAGCCCAUCAACAUUCGAUAUGACACCAUGCUUCCUUGACGUGAUUGUGGCAGUGGUGGCUGUCUGGGGCACGUUGGGUGGACUGGGGGCCUUGUGGUUGUUAUUGAAGAAACGGGUUCCGCAGCCCGUAUCGAAGAAUUGGCACUUCUACACCAAGUUGGCUGUGCUCGCCGCUCUCAUCCUCGUCACCGCUCUUCAAGUAGCGAUUCAAGUCCAAUCAGACCUAAAAGCCUUUUGGGCUGAUUUUCGAUUCUGGUCCACAGUCCUGACGAUUGUCUCGCUGGGUGUGAUCUUCUCGGUGCAAUACUUUGAACACUGGCGGAGUAGACAACCUAAUGGAGUUGUCCUGUUCUACUGGCUCUUCUUCAACAUCGCCUAUGCCAUCAAACUCCGAUCCAUGGUUGCGCGACAUGCAUAUGUCGACCGACUCCCUUAUUUCAUUUGCAUCAAUGUUAGCUUGGGUUUAGCUUUGUCCGAAUUCGUGCUUGAAUAUUUCGUGCCGAAGAAGCAAAGUGCCUACGAUGCGCUGGGAGACGAGGAUGAAUGUCCCUACAACUAUGCCGAUAUCUUCUCGAUUCUUACCUUCGGUUGGAUGACACCAAUGAUGAAGUAUGGAUACAAGAACUACUUGACCCAAGAUGAUCUCUGGAAUCUCCGCCGUCGCGAUACCACUCAAGUCACAGGCGACUGCUUGAAGGAGGCAUGGGAGGAACAGCUCAAGAAGAAGAACCCGUCUUUGUGGGUCGCGCUUUUCAAGGCCUUCGGUGGUCCGUAUAUGCGUGGCGCGAUCAUCAAAUCCGGAAGUGAUAUCCUUGCUUUCGUGCAGCCGCAGCUCCUCCGACUUCUCAUCAGCUUCAUUGACUCCUAUCGACGCCCAGACCCGCAGCCUGUCAUCAGAGGUGUCGCCAUUGCCUUGUCCAUGUUUGUUGUUUCGGUCUGCCAAACUAGUUUCCUUCAUCAAUAUUUCCAGCGUGCUUUCGACACUGGCAUGAGAGUCAAAUCAGCUUUGACUGCCAUGAUCUAUGCCAAGUCUUUGAAACUUUCAAAUGAAGGGCGCUCGACAAAGACGACUGGCGAUAUUGUCAACCACAUGGCCGUUGAUCAGCAGCGUCUUGCAGAUCUGACCCAAUUUGGUACUCAGCUUAUCUCCGCACCUUUCCAAAUCACCCUGUGCAUGGUCUCUCUUUACCAACUUGUUGGACCGAGCAUGUUUGCCGGUAUCGGUGUUAUGAUUCUCAUGAUUCCUCUGAACGGUAUCAUUGCUCGGAUGAUGAAGAAAUUGCAGAUUAUCCAAAUGAAGAACAAGGACUCAAGGACUAGACUGAUGACCGAGAUCCUGAACAACAUCAAGAGUAUCAAGCUCUACGCCUGGAACACGGCUUUCAUGAACAAACUCAGCCACAUCCGAAAUGAUCUUGAGCUGAACACACUUCGCAAAAUUGGAGCUACCCAAUCCGUUGCCAACUUUACCUGGCAGUCUACUCCUUUCCUCGUGUCUUGCUCUACAUUCACCGUUUUCGUGUUGACGAGCGAUAAGCCUUUGACUACUGAGAUUGUGUUCCCUGCCUUGACAUUGUUCAACCUGCUCACAUUCCCGCUUUCUAUCUUGCCCAUGGUCAUCACAUCUAUCAUCGAGUCUUCCGUAGCCGUGAAACGAUUGAUAGAUUAUUUCACCGCAGAAGAGCUGCAGACCGACGCUGUUCUCUUCCAAGAUGCCGUGGCCCACCCCGGUGACGAGUCUGUCCGUGUGCGCGACGCCUCAUUUACUUGGAAUCGUCAUGAUGGAGUCACCGUGCUGGAGAAUAUUGACCUUAGUGCACGUAAGGGUGAGCUCAGCUGUAUUGUUGGCCGAGUUGGCGCUGGAAAAUCUUCUCUUCUCCAGUCGCUAUUGGGUGACCUCUACAAGACUCAGGGAGAGGUCGUCGUACGUGGUCGCAUCGCAUACGUCGCCCAAGCGCCAUGGGUGAUGAAUGCCAGUGUCCGUGAAAAUAUUGUCUUUGGACACCGAUGGGACCCAGCUUUCUAUGACCUUACAGUGGAAGCCUGUGCUUUGCUCGAUGAUUUCAAAAACUUGCCUGACGGUGACCAGACCGAAGUCGGAGAACGUGGAAUUUCUCUUUCCGGAGGACAAAAGGCACGGUUGACACUCGCCAGAGCUGUCUAUGCCCGCGCUGAUAUCUAUCUCUUGGAUGAUGUUCUCUCCGCAGUUGAUCAACAUGUUGGACGCCAUAUCAUCAACAAUGUGCUCGGCAAAACUGGUCUUCUCAGUGGCAAAACCAGAAUUCUCGCCACGAAUGCCAUUACUGUCCUGAAGGAGGCUGAUUUCAUCGGCCUGUUGCGGGACAAGACGAUUAUUGAGAAGGGAACUUAUGAACAACUCAUGGCCAUGAAGGGUGAAAUCUCCAAUCUCGUUCGCACUACCAUGAUCGACUCGGACGACGAAGGCACUGUUAGUGGCUCGGAGGAUCUCGCUAGCCCUGAGAGUUCAGUCACGACUACUAUCAUCCAGAAUGGUGCCACUUCAGACAGCGAAGAGGGAGAACAACCAGGUGAUCUCAUUCCCAUCAGAGUAGGUCACAACGAGGCUCGCAGACGGACCAGUACAGUCACCUUGCGCCGUGCAAGCACCGUGAGUUGGCAGGGUCCCCGGCGCAAGCUGGGAGACGAGGAGAACGUUCUCAAGAGCAAGCAGACCCAGGAAACAUCCCAGCAAGGCAAAGUGAAAUGGGAUGUCUAUGGUCAAUACGCAAAGGACAGUAAUGUUGUGGCUGUGGGUGUUUAUUUGCUUGCUAUGAUGGCUGCCCAGACUGCCCAGGUCGUGGGCAACUUCUGGCUGAAGCGAUGGACCGAAUAUAACGAAGCCCACGGAACCAAUGAUCAAGUUGGCAAGUUCAUCGGUAUCUAUUUGGCACUUGGCUUGGGAUCAUCGCUCUUGGUCAUUGUACAGAACUUGAUCCUGUGGAUUUUCUGCUCCAUCGAAGCAUCUCGGAAACUUCAUGAGCGGAUGGCGUUUGCGAUCUUCCGCUCUCCCAUGAGCUUCUUUGAAACCACACCCUCUGGUCGCAUUCUCAACCGUUUCUCAAGUGACAUUUACAGAGUCGACGAGGUACUUGCUCGCACCUUCAACAUGCUGUUUGCCAACUCUGCCCGUGCAAUGUUCACCAUGGUUGUUAUUGCGACUUCCACUCCGGCUUUCUUGAUCUUCGUCAUCCCCUUGGGCUAUGUCUACUUUAGUUACCAGAAGUACUAUCUGAGAACCUCUCGCGAGUUGAAGCGCCUAGACAGCGUCACCCGAAGCCCGAUUUUCGCCCACUUCCAGGAAUCCCUGGGUGGCAUCUCAACCAUCCGUGCCUACCGGCAGGAGAGUCGUUUUGCUCUUGAAAAUGAAUGGCGCAUGGAUGCUAACCUCCGGGCUUACUUCCCUUCCAUCAGCGCUAAUCGCUGGCUUGCCGUUCGACUCGAGUUCAUUGGUUCAAUUAUCAUUCUUGCAUCUGCUGGACUUGCUAUCGUAUCUGUUGCGAGUGGGACUCAUCUUUCGGCAGGCAUGGUUGGUCUGGCCAUGUCAUACGCUCUUCAGAUCACGCAGUCUUUGAACUGGAUUGUGCGCCAGACGGUCGAGGUUGAGACUAACAUUGUGUCCGUUGAGCGAGUGCUUGAAUACGCCGCCCUCCCGAGCGAGGCACCCGAUGUGAUUUUCAAGCGCCGCCCUGCCAUUGGCUGGCCAGCUCAAGGUGCGGUGGAGUUCAACAACUACAGCACGCGGUAUCGCGAAGGACUCGAUCUUGUGCUCAAGGAUGUGAACCUCAACAUCAAGCCCAAGGAGAAGAUUGGUGUUGUUGGUCGAACAGGUGCUGGAAAGAGUUCGCUUACCCUGGCUCUUUUCCGCAUCAUUGAGGGCACUCAAGGAAAUAUCAAUAUCGAUGGACUGGAUGUGUCUACGAUUGGAUUGACUGAUCUUCGUGGCCGCCUUGCUAUCAUUCCUCAAGAUCCUGCCAUGUUCGAAGGCACCCUGAGAGACAACUUGGAUCCUCGUCAUGUUCACGACGACACCGAGCUCUGGAGCGUCAUUGAUCAUGCGAGAUUGAAGGACCAUGUCUCCCAGAUGGAGGGGCAGCUGGAUGCUCAGAUCCAGGAAGGAGGCUCCAACUUGAGUCAAGGCCAGCGUCAGCUGGUAUCACUCGCCCGCGCUCUCUUGACUCCCAGCAACAUCCUUGUUCUGGACGAAGCAACUGCCGCGGUUGACGUGGAGACCGAUGCACUGCUACAGCGGACUCUGCGCAGCAGCAUCUUCUCUGAUCGGACCAUUAUCACCAUUGCGCACCGCAUCAAUACCAUUAUCGACUCCGAUCGGAUUGUCGUUUUGGAUAAGGGGCGAGUGGCUGAAUUCGACACGCCUGCGGAGCUGAUCAAGAGUGGAGGCAAAUUCUACGAGCUUGCCAAGGAGGCUGGCCUGCUCGACAACGACGGUGCCAUUGCCUCCUCGCAAAUAGCGUAA